AUGUGGGUGCAAGGCGUUUGCAAUCUACUCGACACGCUAUCGAAGCCUCCAUGGACGAAGCCACUGAACUGGGACCUCCACAUCACAAUCGACGGCGAAGGACGCAUCCCAUUCCACUUAUACGUCAAAUAUGAAAAUGCUCCACCCUGUACCUCAUCCCAAGCCGCCCUGUCAUCACGCUUCAGCCAGCUUUCCACAGAGCUUCAACUGCGCGUCUUGGACUUCUGUUCUGUCCCUACGCUUUAUCAGAUGAUGCACACACCCAUGCUUCGCAUCGAAGCUGCAAAAAGAUUUUGGUCAGAACCGGAUACAUACUAUCUCAUCGAAGCCCACUGGCUCUUUGGAGGUGGGCACCCAGGCUAUACAUGCUACGACCCGUCCUUCAUGGCUUGCGUGCAAAAUGUGGAGAUCGAGUACGACUUGUAUUCUGAUUGCAAGCUAGCUCCUAUUCCAGACGAUGUAUUAGAGCUUAAUUACGACAAGGCCCGAGAGUUUUGGAGGACCUUUCGAAGGAGAUUUCCUCGCGCAAAAAGGGUUGUUGUCAACAAGAAUUGGGAAUCGCUGAGCAUUCGAUAUCAAAACGAUGAGCCUAUUGCCUGUUCUCUAAAGGUACUUGUCGAGACAUGCCCAAUUGACCUCGAGAUUUCGGCUUUCGUACUAGUGGAGGUAGGCCGUGGUGGCGGAGAGCGGACUGCGCCUCCUGUUGCAAAGAAUUGCCACAGAGUGCUCUAUCGUCUCGCAGAUAACGGCGAAUGGAGAAAAAUCACUACAUCUGGUUUCCAACGCAAAACCGUUCUCAUGCCUCUUAAAAGAUUUUAUGGGCCAGUUGGUGAAUUCAACGGACUCUUGCAUGAACAACAGAGGAUCCAAUUGCAACUAACAGGCCUCGGGGCUGUCGCAAUCGAAGCUUUAGAUCGACAUUAUUUCGGCAACGAGAAUCCUGAGCCAUUUUAUUGUCCUAUGUUUGGAUGCGAUGUCUACAUCGAAGAAGCUGGACAGUGGACGCAGCAUGCCGCAGAGACACAUAGGGUUGACAUGUUCAUAGCACAACCUGAGAUUCUACCCCGCGCAUUACAACAUGACUUCGAAGAACGCAAGAACAACCUAACAAAAGAGGUGGAAGCAAGAAGAAAGAAGCUUGGGAAGAUCUUUAACGAUUGGAAUGAGGAAGGGGGUGAGAAGAGACGGGAGCUAGAGCGGGGUUGGAUUCAUCAGUUGGAAAACGACGAGGCAUGGAACACAGGGGUAAAGGGGGCAGACAGUGGGCUCUGGGAACAGUUCAACAAUAUGAUGGACCCAACGUGGUGUGGAUACUAA